AUGGAAGCAACAGGUAGUACACUGAUGAGGCGUCAUGCCACUUCCUUGUUGUUAAUUUUCACCACACUAUCCCUCAUCACAUUGUUUUUGAUUUCUAAUGUCCAAAGUUUUCUUAAAAAGGACUCUUGUGAUGGAUGCGAUACAAAUGAAGACGAUAAAAUUAUUCAAAGAAUGUUGCGACUCCACACGGCUAAAAGAUCCAGAUCAGAGAGAGCAGCGGCAAAAGAAAAGAAGAGAAUUAUCGACUUAUCUGUAUACCGUAAAAUGGGAUGGGAACUUUCUCCUGCAGACGCUCUUCAAGUGUUUGAUGCAUAUUACGAGUGUUUAAUGAAAAGAGAAACAUCUGAAAAUAGCAAACUAGAUAUUACUGCAGUUCUGUCUUUAGAAGGGCAAAAUAUUGAACUAAAAUGUCCGAUCUGUUUACGUCCGGAUCAGGAAUCUGGGCGUCUAGGUAUUCAAUGGCAACAUAUGAGUACACGAGAUAGUGCAAUGCGUUAUGUUGACGAAAGUUCUAAAUUCAAAUUCACAGAUGAAAUGUCUCUCAUCAUAUCUGAUGUAGACAUAAGUGAUGCCGGACAGUUCUUUUGUGUGAGGACGAGGGACAGAGAAAUAGAGCAAAUAUAUCAAUUGGAUGUCCUAUUCAGAGAAAGAAGAAAAGUUUUAGCCGGCUCCGAAAGGCGCAAUAUUUUACCAGUAAAGGCUUUGGAAGAUAAUAACCUGAAGUUGUUUACCUUGUGGUCAGACUGGAGCGACUGCAACAGGUGUGGGAAGGUCGGACAUCGUCGUAAGGUGGGACUCUGUAUGGUUGAUAAGAUAAACGACACCGACCCCGUGGAGCCAGUAGAUUUACCAAUUAUUGAACUGUAUCCACGGGGAAUUCCAUGUCGAUCCACCGUCCUCCCGCUCGACAUCGCCAGACUGAAGCCGAUUCGACGUAGACAAAGUGAAACCAUCCUUGAAAAAUGUUACCAGAGGUGUCCUACUGUAGCGCCACCUAGGGUAGUCACAGACAAGAACGGAGAGGUCCUGCAGGUCAUUCAGCCGGGAUACUACUCAUUAAAGGAAAAGCCCACACUCCCACCUAUGGUUAAGCGGAGCUUGAUUUACGAAGUGACACGAAAGAAUCUGAUCUUGAAAUGCCCUGUCAAACCGGACAAAACUUCCUUGGUGAGAUGGCAGAACGGGACAGUAAUAAUUAACCCACUCAACAUCAGACGGCAGACCAGAGGACGAGUUCGUAUGGACGGAGCCAACAGACUGCACAUCCGAGCAUUGCGAGUGUACGACAGUGCCCCCUAUAGCUGCUGGCUGAAGCGGCGACACGUGGCGACCAUCAAAGUGAUAGUGACGGAGGCGAUGAAUAGCAGCCUGAAGGAUCACAUAACGUACGCUGGACUAGGCCUAACCAUUCUAUCGAUGACGCUCGUCUGUUUAUGUGUGUUUUGCGGUAGAAACAAGAAAACUGUAAAAUGA